UUUGCUCCACAUCAUCGGAAACGGGGAAACGUGAAAAUUCGUUGUCGUUUAUAAUUUAAUUAUUUAAUUGAGUAUAAAAAGUAAAGUAUAAACCAAAUAAGAAAAAGAUACACAAGUUUGGCUAGUAUUUGCUUUAAAUAACUAUUCUAUAUUUAAAAAAGCAAAAAUAUUUCUUUACUAUAGGCGACACCACCCAACCAACUUCCAAUGCUUGUCGCAACACCGGAAAGCAACGUUGAAAAGUGAAAUAAAAAAGUCAUACAAAAAAAAAAAAAAGAUAAUUAUUGCAAGCAAAAAUACAGAACGAAUAUUGUUCUUCAUAAAUUGAUGUUUUUUCUAAGGUCUGCCUGUUUGUGAGGGCAAAUACAAGUGUAUAUGAGCGAAAUAAGAUAACAAUUGAUAAAACAAAACCACCAACCAAAUAAUUUUAGUGAUGUGAUGCUCUGAUAAGGAAAAAAUUUAAAGUACAUAAUACAAAAAAAUAUACCUACCCAUAUCUAUACCUACAUACAUACCUAUAUAACAAAGUGAGAUUGUUCAUCAUUGCAUUGAAUCCAGUUUUCAAGUUUGUCCAUACUUUUGCAUUAAAAAGUGAAACAGCAGAGUAAUUCAAUAACAACCAAAAAAAAAAGAAGAGCACAACAACAAAAAUAACCAACCAAUUUCUUUUAUUGCAAACCUGAUUGCAAAUUUGAUAUCAGGCGAGAAAAUUAAUUAAUCAAACGGCUUCUUUUCGUUAAGUGUGAACAAAAACAAAAGGCGACAACAACAAGAGUGCUAGUGGUGUUCAAUAAGAAAAAAAUCCCCUCUCUCUCUCUGCAGUGCUUCAGUACACAGCAAUCAUACGCACAAAAUAAAACACCUGCAAACAAUUUCCAAUUUCUUAAUUUCUCCUCCGAACGGAGACAACUGAAACAAGAAAAAAAGCACACACGAACGAAUCAUCAAUUGAUUUCUUGGCUUCAACAAACGAGAUACGAGAUUUUUCAUUGACAGCAAUAGCGGCAACAGCCACAGUCAGACAGUCUCAGCACACAUCUUUCUCAUGCGGCAAAAGUAUCCAAGAUAACAAACAAACAAAAUUGUAAGUGAAAAUUGUGACCCUCUGGAUAGCUACAAAACUGACCCUUUGGAUUAGCAGCUUAACAAAAUGCCCCUCUUUGCUAAGAAAGUUCCCAAAUCCGCAUUGACCACAGAUCCCGCCUUGUAUGAUAACAACAAUGGCACCAUACCCAAUGGCAAAACAGCAACACAACAGAAUGGCAACAGCACCCUACAAAAGCCAGCAAUGGAAUCGAAUGUCACCAAGCCACAGUUGAUAUUCCAUUGUCAACUGGCCCAUGGCAGUCCGACGGGAUUGAUUACCGGUUUUGCCAGUGUGCGAGAGCUAUACAAGAAAAUUGCCGAAUGCUAUGAUAUACCAGCCGAGGAGAUUCUUUUCUGCACCCUGAAUUCCCACAAAGUUGAUAUGUCCAAGCUGUUGGGUGGUCAAAUCGGUUUGGAUGACUUCAUAUUUGCCCAUCGCAAGGGCCAGCCCAAAGAAAUUGAGAUUCAGAAAACCGAAGAUGCCCUGGGACUUACCAUAACCGACAAUGGGGCUGGGUUUGCUUUUAUCAAGCGCAUCAAGGAGGGCUCCAUUAUAGAUUGCAUAGAGCACAUACUGGUGGGCGAUCACAUUGAGAAACUGAAUGGUGAGAGCAUGGUGGGUAAACGCCAUUACGAAGUGGCCCGCCUGCUCAAGGAAAUACCCACAGGUGGAACAUUCACUUUGCGUUUGGUGGAGCCCAUGCGCAGUGGUUUCCAAGGCAUAGGACCACGUUCCCAAUCGCGCUUGCCCUCUGGCCGAGGUGGUGGAGGCUAUGGCAGCGGCAAGGAGACGUUGCGCUUCAAGGCGAACGGCAAUGUUGAGAUUGAGGAUAAAUUCGACGAUUCCACCCAAGCGGGUAUAGAGGCCAUAAAUAAUUUACUCGAGUCCUUUAUGGGCAUCAACGAUGCCGAAUUGGCCACACAAAUCUGGGAUUUGGGUGUGGACAAAACAAAUUCCAUGGACUUUGCCGAGGCCAUUGAUAACUCCGAUUUGGAAUCUUUUGGUUUUACCGACGAUUUCAUCAUUGAACUCUGGGGUGCUAUAACGGAUGCCAGGCGCAAGAAAGCCCAUAAAUAGAAAUAACUCUCAUUCCGGCAACCUCCCUCAGACUAUUGUUGUUAUAUUUUUUUUAGUUGUAGAUAUAAAAAAAGUAAAUAAAAAAAAAUUAACAAUCUGGAAUCGAAAAAAAAGACAAAAUUUUGCUCAAAUCUGGCCUGCAACUGCAAAGGGGUCUUAAUAUUAAAAAACUAAAAAAAAUCGUAUUAGGGAUAUUCUUGAAGAAAAAUUCAUACAAAUGAAAAAAAAGAACUGUAGUAGCUACGCUUUGAAAUCCUUUCUUUAGUUUUUCUUCUCUCUAUCACCAGCCAGAAUUAUACAUACAUACAAAUAUA